AGCGCGCGCGGGCGCCGCGCCGGGCCGGCCCCGCGGUUCCAUGGCGGACGCGCUGAGCGUCGGCGUCAACCUGGAGGCCUUCGCGCAGGCCAUCGGCGCCGUGCAGGCGCUGCGCUCCAGCGUGAGCCGCGUCUUCGACUGCCUCAAGGACGGCAUGCGCAACCGCGAGACGCUGGAGGGCCGCGAGAAGGCCUUCAUCGCGCUCUUCCAGGACAACCUGCACUCGGUCAACCGCGACCUCAAUGAGCUGGAGCGCCUGAGCAACCUUGUGGGCAAGCCCUCCGAGAACCACCCGCUCCACAACAGCGGGCUGCUCAGCCUCGACCCGGUGCAGGACAAGACGCCGCUCUACAGCCAGCUCCUGCAGGCCUACAAGUGGUCGAACAAGCUGCAGUACCACGCGGGCCUGGCGUCCGGCUUGCUGAACCAGCAGUCCCUGAAGCGCUCGGCCAACCAGAUGGGAGUGUCCGCGAAACGGAGGCCCAAGGCCCAGCCCACCACGCUCGUCCUGCCGCCCCAGUACGUGGAUGACGUGAUCAGCCGCAUUGACAGGAUGUUUCCGGAAAUGUCCAUCCACUUAUCCAGGCCCAACGGGACGUCCGCCAUGCUCCUGGUGACCUUGGGGAAGGUGUUGAAGGUGAUCGUCGUCAUGCGGAGCCUGUUCAUUGAUCGCACCAUCGUGAAGGGCUAUAACGAGCGAGUCUACACGGAGGACGGCAAGCUGGACAUAUGGUCCAAAUCCAACUACCAAGUAUUCCGGAAGGUCACCGACCACGCCACCACGGCCCUGCUCCACUACCAGCUGCCGCAGAUGCCCGACGUCGUGGUGCGCUCCUUCAUGACCUGGCUGCGGAGCUACAUCAAGCUCUUCCAGGCCCCGUGCCAGCGCUGCGGGAAGUUCCUGCAGGACGGCCUGCCCCCCACCUGGAGGGACUUCCGGACCCUCGAAGCCUUCCACGACACCUGCCGGCAGUGACCCCGCCCAGCUGGGCCCUGCAGACCCUCGGCCCUUCCAGACCAGCCCACCUGACGGGGUCACUGUGCUCCCGGCGGCCCUGCAGCUAUGCCCUCCUUGGUGAAGCCCCAGGGACAGGCCCGGUAGAGGGAGCCCAGGACCAGGCUGGGACUGUGCCCGGCACCUUGGGGGCCACCGAGGUCACGCCUGGUGGCUUGGACUCUUCGCGGCGACUGGCCGUGCUGGCCUGGCAGACAUGGCCGGGUCAGGGCUGUGCCAGAGACUGGUGGGGGGGGGGGCGGGACU